AUGACAGUCAUCCGACCAGAUCAGGAUGCAGAUCACGCCCCAGUUCCCGACACGAGGGGCACAGGCAAUCCCAAUGACCUGAAUCGCCCCGCCGCCUUGGUCCUUUGCGUGGAUGCAGGAGGUACUAGCUGCAAAGCAGCCGCCCUGUCGGCCGACGGGGAACUUGCGUCAAGUGUGGGCGGACCAUGCAAUGUUUCCACUGUAGGACUCGACACCACCUUUGCGACCAUAACGGCCGUGGUACACGAUGCCCUUCGUAAGCAUCCGUCGACACGAGGUCAGUCACCGGCAGCAGCGUUUACUAAAGUCUGGGUUGGCCUGGCGGGAUACGACAGACCAACACUUCAGCCAAUCAUCAAUGACGCACUUUCUCAGUUGUUUGGGCUCUCGCUCAAUGGGGGCUUACGAGUAUCUUCAGACAUUGAUCUCCUUCCUGCUUGCUUAAUGUCCGAGCCUGAUAUAAUCUCGGCCAUCGUUCUAGUAGUUGGCACUGGUUCUGUGGCAAUGAGUUACAAACGAAAAGGCAAGGAAUUUGAACGGGUUGGCCGAGCAGGGGGUUGGGGAAGACUCCUUGGCGAUGAAGGGUCAGGAUAUGCGAUCGGCCGAGAGGGAAUCCGCAGGACACUAAAGGACUGCGACGCACAUGCUCUAAGGAAAAGCACAGCCGAUGGACUAGCCUGUUUUUCGCCGCUUUCUCGAGAGGUUCUGGGAUAUUUCCAGCGUCGGAAUGCCGAUUGCACGCCGGAAACCCUCCUUAGCCAUAUCCUCAUUCGAAGUACAGUGGGGAAUAUAGGAGAGGAUGACGACGCAUCGAGAACAAAGACAAUAGCCAGUGUCGCCUCUGCCGUUUUUGCAGUUGCUGAGAAGGACGCCGAGGCAAAGCAGAUUGUGGAAUCGGGCGCAUCCAGCGUGGCGGAACUCGUGCAGAUGCUAGUCAAGGAGCAAACCAUCAAUGUCGGCCAAUGCGCCCUCAUUCUUGGCGGAGGUCUCAUGGGCAACCUCUUGUAUAGAGAAGCAGUGCGCGGCAUCAUACAGGAGCAAUGUGGCAAGUUUAAUCAGGUCAAAUUUGUCAACGACCCUGCUGUGUCUGCCGCAAAGAGCCUGUUUGAUUACAGCCGGGACUCUUUGUAG